UAUGAUUCGUCUCCAUCGAAAAACAUCUUUAUCGACUUUAGAACACAACACUAUUUAUUGUGGUUUUGGCCGUGAACAUUAUCGUUAGUUCGAUAUAAUCUCCUGAGACGGAAAGGUCGAUUUUGCAGCUAGACUUCUGGCAUCGACACUUCGUAACUCUGGAAAGAGAAUUACUCGCAGAUCAUUUCAAUUUACCUGAAUCAUUGCGCAUUUUUACAAACACCGCUGGACCUGUCCAGCAAAUUAUAGAAAUGGAAUUGUUAAAAUUAAUACUCAUUAUAAUAUUUAUUACGCCUUCUUUGCCUCAAGAAAUGUUUAAUACUAAAGCACUUAUUAAAUACCCGUUGUCGAACGAUGUAAAACCUGUAAAAUACAAGAUUCUGUUAAAAUUAGACAUUGAAAAGAAUAGCUACAGAGGUAUAUCAAAUGUCAUGAUUAACAUUGUCACACCAACAACAAUGAUAGCAUUGCAUUCAGUAUAUUUGAACAUAAUUCAAUCGGAAACGGUGGUUUUCAAUACUAAUACUCCCGAAAGGAUCAAGCACGUUGUAACUAAGAUUUUAUAUUUACCGGAAAAGAAAAUGGUUGAACUUUAUGUUAAUCCCAAAUUAACACUUGGUUUUUAUAUUCUCAACAUGGAAUUUACCGGCAGCAUAUCUGAUAACAUGGGUGGCUUCUUAAAGAUUCCAUAUACAAAUCAAGAUGAAGAGAAAAAAUGGUUUUUCGCAACACCCACCUGGGUUACAGGAAUACGAAGAACGUUUCCAUGCUGGGACGAGCCAGAUAUCAAAACUAUAUAUGAUAUUACUGUCGAACACCAAUCGAAUUACAUGGUUUUUUCUAAUACGCUACAAUAUACAACUAAGUCUUUCAAGUGCCUCUCUAAUAGCAUCGAACAAAUACACUUUUUCGAUACCCCAGUAAUAUCUACUUAUCUCCUAAGUAUAGUGCUCUGCAAUUUGUCUACUAUUAAUACUCAUUUGAAAGGCAGAUCAUUACUAGAACGUGAUCUAACUUUCGCGAGUUAUAUUAUCGAAAAAAGUACGAGUUACUUUGAAACUCAGUGGAAACAUUGGAGUCAGCUACCGAUAGAAGACCACUUCGCGAUUCCAGGUUUUGCAGAUGACGGUAUAGCAAAAUCGAGACUCGUAUUUUACAGAGAACAAGAUAUUAUUUAUGAUGAAGAAUUAGAUCAUAUUGGGCGCAAAAUGGAAGUAUCACUUUUAAUCGGACGUAAAAUAGCACUCCAACGUUUAACCAACACCAAUCCAUCGUCGCCUUAUUUUUGGUUGAAUGAGGGUAUUGCGGUUCUGUAUGCAUUUGAUAGCAUUAAUAAGAUUUACCCAGAGUUGCGCAUAUGGGAUUUGUUUGUAGUUCAAAUUUUACAAGAAUCUCUCCGUUUGGACAACGAAGGAAUUAUGAAUCCUCUUAUAUUCGAAUACGAUUAUACCUCUGAUAUUAAUUCUCAGUUUUUCUUAUCCUCUUAUAUCAAAGCCCCUGCUAUAUUGCGCAUGUUACAACAUAUACUGCGCGAUAACGUAUUUCGGAAAGGUAUCGAUAAAUAUAUAAAAUCCCAAUCAGCUACUCUGAAUGAUUUCUUGGAUGCCAUGCAAACAGUUCACAAUGAAGAACAAUCUAUGCUACCAUACAACAUAACGGAGAUAAUAUAUCCUUGGCUAAGUCAAAGCCAUUACCCUGUUUUAAGUGUAACAGAACAAUAUGAUAAAGAACCGCCGUACGUUAAGAUAAAAAUAGAAAAUGGAUCAGGAACUUGGUGGAUACCUUUUACUACCAAUGUUACGUCAUCAAGUUUGGACUUUAAUACUUUAGAUAUUUCUGUAGAGCUAUGGAAAGACAAAGAUGAGAAAUCUGUUAUGCCUACUCAGAGGUUAGCCUCUGACUAUUGGAUAAUAUUAAACUUGCAACAAAUUGGAUAUUAUCGUGUCACAUACGGUACUAUUUAUGCGAACAUUUGGCAAAAUAUAGCACGUUACAUCAAUUCUUACAACUAUACAAAUAUUCAUGUUCUUAAUCGUGCACAAAUAAUUGACGAUGCAGCUUAUUUUACCAUAACGGGUCACCUCAAUUCUUCUAUAUUUUGGACCCUUACGAGUUACCUAAUGCAGGACACAGAUUAUAUAGCAUGGUAUCCCAUGAUUAAAGCUAUUGAACGCACGUCUUACAUCAUUCCUUUCCCAGAUAAUGGAGACUUCUUCAAGGAUAUUUUAUUCACACGAUUAGAACCAGUUGGUGAGAUAAUUGGAUACGAGGAAGAUCCACAGGAAAAUUAUUUUACUAAAUGCUUAAGGCAGGAAGCUAUAAAAUGGAUAUGUGAUUUCAGUGAUUCCGAAAGUCAAUGCAAUCAAAUGGCCCUGAACAAAUUAGAAUGGCAUCUAUCAAGUCCAAUACAUAAUAAAUUAUUGCCGGGGUGGAAAAAAUGGACAUUUUGUAAUGGUUUAAAAAUAGCUGCUUUAAGUGUUUUUGAAAAAGUAUAUCUUAUGUGUGAGAAUGGAACUCUUUUUCAAAACGAUAGAAGAAAGUGUUUAGAAUUCCUGGCUUGCUCUAAAUAUUUUUAUAUCAAUGUAACAGAAGAUGCUGACCAACCCCAGUUUAUGGGAAUAAGAAGAGAUGCAUUUGAUGAUAUUAAUUUUUUUCAUACCAUCGCUAUGAACAAUGCGAAAUAUAUUCCAACACAAAAUAAACUCGUGCUCGAUUAUAUAUUAAACAAUUGGUUUAAAGUCAAACCGAAAGAAAUUAGCACUGUAGCAGCAUUAAUUGAUAUUAUAAAUCAUGUAUACACUAAGGAAUCGCUUGAUAAGAUACGUGGAUUUGUAAAAAAUCGCUUGAUAAAUGCUACUGCUGUAUUCGAUUCUGAAGACUUUGUCAAAAAAUUCGUACUCGUUUAUAAGGAACAGUUCCAUGACCUCGAUAAACUACUGCCGGAUAUUCCAAGCAAGAUUGAUAUACGUUUGACAGAAAUUAAGAAUCAGAUAGAUACUUUUGUUCACCAUUUUCGCUGAAACAGUUCAUGCGAAUUACAGAAAAAUGCAUGAUACGACAUUACGAUACAUUACGUAUAAAAGUGUGAAAAAGUUAAUAAUAUUUUUAUUGUUGUUAUAAUAUUUAUGUAAAAUUAUUUUCCAUUUCUGUG